UGAUGCUCGCACAGGACCAAAGCCAGAGGCCGCGGGGACCACAGAGGGCCGGAGAAGCCGGGACUCCUCACAUCCCACAUCCGGCAGGGGAAGCCCAGCGGGUGAGCGCGGGUCCCCCCAGUCCCCGAGGGAGUCCGCCCGACGGAAACGCCCCUCGCCCGCGGGCCUCGCUUUCCUCUCCCGCGUUCUUGGGUCACUUCCCGCUGUCUCCAGCCCGAGCUCGUGGUCCCAAUCCCUGGUACCUCCCUCCUCUGGUCACCCCUUCCCUGGUGCCCCCUCCCCGGCUUUUCUUUGUCCCGUCCCCACCCUUGGCCGGGCCUGCCGGACUCCCCUCUUUGACACCCAGCGCCACCUCCUCGAAUUUUUCUCGUUCCCUCCCCAUCCCCGGCUCCCUGGUCCCCUCCCGGAACUUCCCUGGACCUCUCCGCUCCUCCGCCCCGGGCUUUCCCUCCGCGCUCUGCGGCCCCCUCAGCACCCUUCCCGGAGCUCCUCGGGUCCUGCCCCCUCCCCGCGGUUGCCCGCGCCGCCCCGCCCCCGUUUUUAAACCUGGCGCGCGGGUAGGUGAGCGCGCUAGCCCGAGUGGAUCUAGGCGCGCUCGGAGGCCGGCGUCGCAGCAGGGGGCGCGGGCUCCGCGGGCACCAUGGAGUCCGAGGCUGCGGCCGGAGCCCGGAAGGCGCGGGGGCGCGCCUGUCACUGCCCCGGGGACGCUCCCUGGAGGCCUCCGCCGCCGCGCGGGCCGGAGAGCCCCGCGCCCUGGCGACCUUGGAUCCAGACACCUGGAGAUGCUGAGCUGACCAGAACGGGAAGGCCGCUUGAACCUAGGGCUGACCAACACGCUUUUGGAUCAAAGGGAGCCUUUGGGUUUCAGCAUCCUGUAAGAGUCUAUUUACCCAUGUCAAAGCGUCAAGAAUACCUGCAGAGCUCCGGGGAGCAAGUGCUGGCCAGUUUCCCAGUGCAAGCCACGAUUGACUUCUACGACGAUGAGUCCACUGAGUCUGCUUCGGAAGCUGAAGAGCCAGAGGAAGGACCCCCGCCCCUCCAUCUUCCGCCCCAGGAGGCGGGAAGUCUGCAGGAAAACGGCAGAGACCAGGGCGUCAACUGAGGGCAGCGAUCCUCCGGAGGGGGUGACUCCUGGGGGGAGGGUCCGCUCCCUCAUGGCGACUCCUCAAGGGGCGGCGAGUGCUCCUCAUCCAAAUGAGUCUGUCUCUGUCUCCUGGGCCCUGCUCUGGGACCUGCCCCAACGUUCUCUUGGGGACACCCGAGCCAGGAUACCGCGCAUCCCUGCUGAGUGUACAGAGGCUGGAGACUUCUCGGGCAGCCCCUGGCCCGCACACUACUCGGGGCAGAGAGUCAGCUUUUACUUUUCUUUCUCCUGGCGAUUCGUUUUUGGUGCACUCAUGCAUACCUUUGAGAGAGGAUUCCAGGACAAAGAGAAGGUCUGUGUCAACAGAGUUGUUAUCUGGUAGAGCCCAUUUUCACAGCUCCUUCGAGCACUGUCACUCGCUGAUCAGGUGACGGAUUCUUCCUAGUCACCCACUCCACCUCCUACUUAACCUGAGACUCAUUAUUUAGCUCUUUCUGCUUUUGUAAAAAUAAUUUAGAUAUUAAACCCCAUUUUAAUCUAUCAUCCAAGGGUAGAUGCAGUUGCUUAGUAGCAUUUAG